GCGGUGCCGCGGGGGCUGCUCGGUGCGGCUUUCUGCGCCGCCGCUCUCCUCGAGCUGGGCGGCUCUGCGCUGGGCGGCUGGGUGGGGCGGGUGCCCUUCGGGCAGCUCGGCUACUGGGAGGCGUGGCAGACGCCGCCGUGCCCCCACGGGGCCGCCUGCUUCGACCUCCGCGUGGCCAACUGGAUGCAGGUCUACGUGCUGCUCGCCACGGGGCUCCUCGCCGUGCUCGCGCCCGUGGGCGGCGGGCGGCGGGGCCGCCGGGCGCAGCGCAAGCUUCGCCGGAGCUGGGCGGGCCGGCGAGCGGGCGACUGGCCAGAGUACGGCCCCCGGGCCAUCAGGCGGGCCGUGCGGGACCCGCACACGCGGGCCGCGCUGGUGGCCUCGGCGCUGAGCUGGGCCGCCCUGGUGGCCUCGGAGGGGCCCGCGCGCCAGCUGCUGGCGGAGUGGAAGAAAUGGGCACCGUGGCGGCACUCCACGUACGCAAGCACCACGGCAGGCUGGGACACCGUGGAGGCGCAGAUGGGCGAUGGCGGACAGUCCGACCCGAUCACCACGGUCUCCCUCAUCACGAGCUUGGCUGCGUACCAGGGCGUCGGCGAGAAGAGCGACCCCACCAUCACGGCCGCCUUGGACACGCUGCGCCGCAAAGCCCAAGAGGAGGAGGCCAACGCCAAGCCUGCACCAGCCCCACCCAAGCAGCGCACAGGCGCCCAGCUGCUGGCUGACGCCAAUCGCGCGCUCAAGGAGCUGGACAAUCGCAUCGAGAAGCAGCGGACGAAGCUCACGGGCGCGCAGCUGUACUUGGACGACCAGCUCGAGAAGAUGGACAAGUUGGCCCAGCAGAGGGUCGAGGUGCAGCAGCGGCAUCUCACGGCGCUCCAACAGGCCAACCAGGAGUCGGGCAUCAUCGUGGUCAGACCCGAAGAGAAGACCCUCAACGUCAAGUUCGAGUACGACGGCUCGCUCUUCGAGGGCCUCGAGGAGCGCGACAUACCGUCCGAGGAGAUGGACAGCAUCAUGCAGUGGAAGAGCGAGCUGGAGCAGUUCCAGAAGGAGCAGCUGGGCACCCUGCAGGCGAAGUUCAAGUACAUUGAGGAGAUCCACCAGAAGGCAAAUAAGGCCAUGCAGGCACCCACCACAGCAACGCCAGCGACCGCAAGCAACGGCGCAGGUGCGGCAGCCAUCAACCCCGAGGACGAGAAGAAGAAGAUCAGGGAUGCCAAUCAGCUCAUGAGCAAGCUGACGGUCUGGCUGAUGGCGCUGAGCAGUCUGGGCUUUAGCGAGGCGCAGUCCACCCAGCAGCAGAGCGAGGAGUUCCAGGUCCUGUUCGGCAACAUUACGGAGCGGGGCCCACAGGUGCAGAAUUACGUACAAGGCCCAGCCGCGCAGCAUUUCGAUUGCCUGGCGUUUGUGGAGACACAUAAGGGGCCAAACCAAGUCUCAGCCAUGAAGACGUUCCUGCAGAAGGAAGGAUGGUCCGCGGGUGAACUCGUCGCCACGCGCACACACAUACAGGCCACGUCCUUGGAGCACUGGAAGGGCAAGCACGACAAGCAAGGGGACUCGGCCUUCGUCGGUUUCUCCCCCAUGGUGCUGCACCUCAGCAUCGGCAAUUUCAUCAUAAUCGCGGCGUACCUACUACCGACCCUGCGUUUCGCGGGCAGGAACCGAAAGGUCAUGGCAGCCCUCGCGGCCUUCGUGCGCUUGCUGAAGGACCCAUGGCUCGUCGUGGCGGAUUGGAACUGCUUUCCCACCGAGCUGCUCGCAUCUGGUUGGGUUGAACAGAUGCGAGCGUUGCCCACGGUGCCGAGGCCGAAGAAGCAGAAGGACCUGGACAGCAAGUGGAGUAAGCAGCAGGCCUAUCGUGAUCGCCCACUGUUGGCGCAGAAGUUGGCGAACAGCUACGGCAGGUGGAUCGAGGCCGUGGAGGAGGCAGUUUUGCAACAUUCAGAGGUACCCCAACACCAACGAGACGGCUAUCGAGGUAGGGCGCAGGGUUUCGGCAUCAAGUGGAAAAAGAGCACAGCAUCGCCAGGCAGACCGCAUCUGUACAAUUAUGAGGCAGAUUGGUGGGCCAUCACGCACACGCAGGUGAUCGCGAUCAACGGCCUGGUGAAAAACAACAAAGACCCACAGCAGCUGCUACAACGAGGGCAAGAGUUUCGACAGCGUAUACAGCAGGUACAUGUGGUCAGCAAGCACAACGAUAUCGAGCUGCUCAACCAGUGGCAGCAGAUGGCGCACGACAUUUUCAGCCCAGCCCGUCAGGAGAGAGAGGACGUGAUAGAGAUCACCGAGAGGUUGGCAGGACAAGCUGCGCGGAGAGCCCUGGCAGAUGGCACAAAGGGCUUCAUCAGGUGGGCGCAAGAUAUGUGGAAGAAGACCCCUGGAGCCCUGCACAGGUGGACGAAGGACACGCAGCAGCCGCGGCUCGAGGAGAUGAUCUCAGGCAAGAUCGUCGCCGACCCCAUCCUCAUCAUGAGCCACAAGAGCGAAAGUUGGGCCAAGAAGUGGACGGCCGCCCCGCAUAGACAGACAGCACUUGCAGGUACCGAGGAGACGGUGGAGCAGCAGAUGGUGGAGUUGGUCGAUGAGUUCAUCAUCCAGGCAGAGAAGCGCAGACUCCCUGGUAAGCAACAAAGCGACAUGGUGGACUUGGGCACCGACGUCAGUGGCAUGGGCAAGCGCACACAGAAAAAGGCUCGGGCGCGGCAGCGAAAGGCCAAGCAGCGAGCGGGCAAGAUCUUCAGGCUACGAAGGAUGGCGACGCGAGUGGCGAGGAUUACCAAGGGCCUCUUCACCACAGGAGACGAACAAUGGCAGCUCCCCUUCAUAGAUGACGAUGGCAAGUGCGACAUUGAUGCUAUAGAGUACACACAGCUGCUGGAGGAUCUGGAGUACGAUCUAGAAAUGAUUCAGGCAGGCUACGAGUGCGACACGAACAUCUGCGAGAGGUGCAAGCAGGAGCCCGAGACCAUCUUCCACCGCAUCUACACCUGUACGGCCAACACAGGUAUCCCGCCCAGAGAGCUCACUCACCCAGUGGUCAACGACAUCGACAGACAGGACUACGUCAGGAGACGAGUAGGCAUCGGAGUGGCGACCAUGAAGAUGAUCGACGGCAAGUGGAGUAUGUCAGCAGGUACGAUGGCAGACCUACCAGGACGGCGUCAAACCGUACCGCGGGCAGAGACCAUGGCCUUCGCGAUCGCCAUAGAGGAAACGAGAGGAGACAUAGUUUACGUCACGGACCACUACCCGCUCCUCACAGCAUGGACAAAAGGCAGAGCUCAAGACCCUGGGCGAGGGAAGAACGCGGAUUUAUGGGCACGCAUCAAGAGGGCGGUGAUGGACACGUCCCCCAGACACAUCGGAGUGGAGUGGACCCCGUCGCACCAGGACGAGGACGAGGCUGAGCUAGUCAACCCGAUUUUUGCGAUGGGCAACAGCUUUGCAGACGCAUUAGCUACGGUUGCGGCAGAAGCUUCUUGGGAGAGAGUGUGCACGCCAAUACCACGGACAGACGAAUGGGAUGCGAUCUGUGCUCAUGUACGAUUACGAGCGAGGCAGGCCUUGGCGGACACGGCGAACAUUGACCCCUGGUGCGCUGAGAGGCCCUCCACAGCCAAGCCCAAGGCCAAGAGGGACCGAGUAAAGGAAGUCGUCGACAAGAUGAAGCAGCACGAUAUGGUCAGGCUCAAGAAUAAGUGGUUUUGCACAGCCUGCAGACAGUACAUCACAGCGGACGCCCUGCAGGAGUUUGCCAUGACGGAAUGCAACGCUACGUACAGCACGGCCAACGAGAUAGCCGAGGUAAAGGGCGACAGGUUCAUGGACAAUGGCAAGAUACAUUGCAGUCACGUGUACGGGCAGGAUGCGCUCAACAAGAUUCGGGACGGACGCUACCCUGGCUACAGGUUACAGGAGUUGGAGGAUUACGACGACCCCGAGGUGCAGAGGGACAUCGACGAUUUCUUCAGCGAAGCGCCCCUGCGCGGGGAGGAGUCAAACCGAGAAGGGAUGAGUUCUACGAACGACUCCAUGCGCCAGAGACGGAACCCGAAGAGUAUCGUAGAUUGGCUCACCGGCAUCGGCGUGAACUUGCACGGCUACGAGGCUCGAGCGGGCGACUGCUGGGAGUACGGAGGCCACGUCACCUGCAAGAAGGACGUGCAGAGUCUCCACGGCGACAAGCGCAUCGGCGGCAGCAUCAAGCCCAGCGGCUGA